AUGAUCUGCAGCUUUUCCUGCAGUGCAAUAGGGCAGACGGCCUCUCCCUGUUUGACCUCACUUCUGGUGCCUCCCCUGCCCCUGCUGCUGAUGCUACCGACCACUGAGCGUGCACACUUUAGCCAGUACAAGAGGGCUCAGACCUUGUACGACGCUGUAGUUGCACGCUACUCUUCCCCUGCCGCUGCUGCACUGAGCCGCCUCAUGCUACCGUACCUCUUCCCUGACCUUGCUGCCUUUCCCACAGUCGCUGACCUCAUUACGCACCUCCGCACUAGUGACACUCGCUACCGCGCUGCGCUUCCUGCUGAGUUCUGCGCCAAGAACCCCCCCCCCAUGUACAUCACCCUCUACUACAUAGUCACCCGUCUCCCUGACUCUCUCCGUGUAGUCAGGGACCACUUCCUCUCUGGGUUUUCUCCCUCCCCCCUCUUGCCCUCUGUUGCCUCUGCUGCUGCGGCCGACCUCGUUGGUUUCGAGUUGGUCGGCGCUGCGUCUGCCCCGAGCGGGAGACGCCGCACCGGCAAGGGCAAGGGGGGCAAGGGCAGUGGAGGGGGUGGAGGGGGCGGUGGAGGUGGUGGUGGAGGCGGUGGAGGGAGUGGGGAUGGUGGUGGGAGUGGUGCUGGGGGUGGCGGCGGCGGUGGCAGCAGUGGAGGCGGCGGAGGCGGUGGAGGUGGCGGAGGGAGCGGAGGUGGCGGAGGUAGUGGAGGAGGCGGAGGUGGAGGAGGCGGCGGAGGCGGCGGAGGCGGCGGCGGCGGCGGAGGCGGCGGCGGCGGCGGAGGCGGCGGUGGUGGAGCGAGUCGCGACUCUGCCUCGAGGAGUGGCGCCGGUGGUGGUCAGCGCCAGCAGCAGCAGCGGAGUGGUGUGACCCUGUCCCCUCAGCAGCUUCGUUGGUGGUACACUUCACGCCAUCGUGGUGGGGGUUUUGGUCCAUGCUCUUACGUUCUCCGUACCGGCGACCGCAUUGGUGAGCAGUGCGGGGGUCCGCACUCCACCCAGCGCUGCUUUGGUCGCCUGAUGGACGCGUGGCGUCGCCAGUUCCCUGAGGCGUCAGAGAUCCCUCGCUGGGGAAAUCUGGCUAAGGCCGGGGUUGCUAUCUUUGAUCUUGACUUUGAUGCUAUUCUUGCUGCCAUGUAUGCUGUUGCUGAUAGUGUUGAGGGUGCCUGUUACCUGUGUGUACCGCCUGACCCGGGCAUUGAGGCUGCUACGCUAGGUGCUGGUGAGACUGCUGCUCUAGGUGCUAGUGCGUCUGCUGCCCCAGGUGCCAGUGCGUCUGCCGCCCCAGGUGCUGGUGAGUCUUCUCUCUCAGGUACUACGUCGGCUCAGGCCUUCCACAUCUUCACCCUGGACUCGGGUGCGUCCCGCUCCUUCUUUCGAGACCGCACCACUCUUACACCGCUUAAUCGGCCGAUUGCAGUCUCCCUAGCAGACCCCUCUGGGGGUCCUGUCCUUGCUAGCUUCUCCACUCUCUUUCCGUGCCCUGCAGCCCCCUCUGGCACCCUGUCUGGUCUCUACCUCCCCUCGUUCUCUACGAACUUGGUGAGUGGAGCAGACCUACAGGAUCGAGGGGUUGACCAGUUCACUCCUGCGAAUCAGCGAGUGACCCACUGCAGGUGUGCUCGGACAGGCCGACACUUGGCCACGUUCACCCGUCGGCCAGGGUCGAGCCUGUAA